CUGACACCAGAACAUCAUUUGGAUUUAUCUCAAGUGACAAGUGUUUUAUUAAUAUUCUGUAACAUGAAUUAAAUAUAAAUGAAUAAUAAUUAGCAGCCGUGUUUGCGGAAUUUAAGACGUUUGUCACACCUAUUACUGAAAGACGAAUUUUAUGGCAAGUAACUUCUACUUCGUUAUAGUAGGUCAUCAUGACAAUCCAGUGUUUGAAAUGGAAUUUUUCCCUCCUAACAAAGUCAACGACCCGAAGCGGGAUGACCAUCGUCACUUGAACCAGUUUAUAGCACAUGCAGCCUUAGACCUUGUGGAUGAGCAGAUGUGGACUACUAGUAACAUGUUUCUUAAAGUUGUGGACAAGUUCAAUGAGUGGUUUGUCUCUGCAUUUGUUACAGCUGGACGAAUGCGUUUUUUGAUCCUGCAUGAUGUGAAGAAUGAAGAUGGCAUCAAGAACUUCUUUACAGAGGUUUAUGAAACCUACAUCAAGUUUGCCAUGAAUCCGUUUUAUGAGAUCAACACACCAAUCAAGUCAUCCGCCUUUGAGAAGAAAGUGCAGUUUUUUGGCAGGAAAUACCUUACAGGAUAAACAGUAUGGAACAUGUAAAUGGUACUCGGAGAGGGAGAAAAAUGUUUUGCUGAAUAUAAUUAUUGUUGCAAAAACUUUCUGUCAGAAUGCCUGUGGUUAAUAUAUGAUGAAUUUUUAAAGGUUUGUUAAAUUGUUUAAGUCAUAUAUAUACUUCCUUACAGUUUAUGUUUUGUGCCUAUGGUUUUUCCUGUUUUUGUAUUUUGAAUCUGUUGGUGUUGUGGUCAAGAUGUCAAGAAUAGCAUGCUAAGAGUCAUUAGUAUUAGCUUAUCUAGAGCUUAUUAGCUGAUCUAAACCAAAGUCACACAUUGCAUGAGUACACUAAUGGGUCAUUACAAAGCUUGAAUCAAGAUUAUAAUUGGAUGAAAUAUUGUGUACAGAGGCAAAAUUUUGAUAUUGUUUAUGAAUUUAUGGGUAAAAUCUUUUGGUUGAGAUAAAAUCUUUCGUAUAGGCAGAAGGAGUCUGCUCUCCUCACCCAUAAAAGGUAGGCUUUAAUGUUCAGUGUCAAAAAGGGUAUUUAAAGUACCAUGAACAAGUAAAUUAUUCUUAGAUAUAUAAAUGUUUUUCAUUUCUGUACCUUUCAUUUUCUUAAAAUGUAUGUAUGUGUGUGUCCAGAGGAAUUAUUACAAAUGUGAUGGAGAUUAUGACAAAGAGUCUCAAAUUAGAGUCUGAUAGUUGGCAAUUGGAACAAUCAAACUUGUUUGUCAUUGGGCACAAUAGCAUUUUUAUUUGUAUUUGUAAAUGUGAUAUCACCAGCUUGCUAAUAUGUAUUAGAGUCAUAAAAUAAAUUUAUUCAGUCAACAACA